AUGCGCACCAACGCAGUGCCCACACACUUCCAAGCCGCUCAGUUUGACUCUUCAAUCCAAAGGAGAGACAUCGACCUGCUCCGCGACGCGGCUGCAUCUUUGGAAUCGCGGCUCACAAUAAUUAGGCGCGACUGCAAAACAGCCUUAUCUCCCACGCGUCAUUUGCGUGGAGAAAUACUUGCGAAGAUCCUGCACCGAACUCAGAAAGAUCUAUGUGAUCCCCGCUCCAGAGGACGUCAUUAUAUCUUCGGAUUCGAUUUCGUCAGGUAUACAGCCUCGUGGAGAGAAGUAAUCGAAACACUCUAUCCCGAGCUGUAUCGUGUAGUCGCAAUUGACAGUAUACGUGCCUCGGAGAGCGCGCACUCGAGCAGAGCUGUGAACAUCGCCUUGACUUUUCCUUCAGGUAUUUGGGGGAUGACGAGGCGGAGGACGAGAGCUCUGACGAGAAACUGGCGGAAGUUAUGA